AUGGCGCCGCCCCGCGGCUUCGCUCCUGCGCGCGCCGUUAGCCUCUUGCUUCCGCGUGCCACGGCGCAGAUCGCGGGAAAAAUCACCGGCAAUCUUCCCGUUUCGCUCGCGUCUGGCAAUGCCGUCGCGUCCUUGCGCACAUUUGCUCCGCAACCCCAAAACCCGCCAACCCCCGCCCUGAUCCCCGCGCUUCCUCGCGUGUUCCGCCAUUUUUCUUCCGCCAAACAAUUAACCCCCGUUCCGCGGAAGCGCCUUCCGCCGGUCGCAGCGGCUCAGGCGCAGCACACCGAUGUCAGCCCCGUUCCGGCGGAACCACCCCCGACGGGCGCAAGCGACGCAGAGGGCGCGGAAUCUGCCGGGGAGAGUCUGGCGGAAUUCCCUCCGUUGUCGUGGCCCAUGCGGAGCCGCCUGUGCGGGGAGCUGCGCGCGGCGGACGAGGGCGCGCGCGUGCAGCUGUGCGGGUGGGUGGGCGCGCAGAGGGGGCUGGGCGGAGUGAUAUUCAUCAGCCUGCGGGACCACUCGGGCAUCGUGCAGGUCAAGUCGGACCCCGAGCAUCACCCAGAGGCGCAUGCAGCGGCGCAGCGCGUGCGCAUGGAGUAUGUGGUGCGCGUGGCAGGGGAGGUGCGCAGGCGGCCAGCAGACAUGGUCAACGGGAAGAUGGCCACGGGCGAAAUAGAGGUGAUAGCAUCGGAGGUGGAGGUGCUGAAUGCAGUGCGCGUGGCAUUGCCCUUCUCACUGACGUCAGCAGAGGGUGCUGCUGACAACAUUAAGGAGGAGGUGCGCCUGCGCUACCGCCAUCUGGACCUGCGGCGGCCGCUCAUGGCGGCCAACAUGCGGCGGCGCCACGAGAUCGUGAAGACGCUCAGACGGUUCCUGGAGGACGACCUGGGGUUCGUGGAGGUGGAGACGCCCAUUCUCACGCGCUCCACGCCUGAGGGCGCCCGCGACUACCUCGUGCCGUCUCGUGUGCAGGCGGGCGAGUUCUACGCACUGCCGCAGAGCCCGCAGCUGUUCAAGCAGAUGCUCAUGGUGUCGGGCUUCGACCGCUACUACCAGGUCGCACGGUGA